GCCUGGUAGACUACAGUCCAUGGGGUCGCAAAGAGUCUAACACAACUGAGCGACUUCACUUUCACUGUUCAGAGAGUCCUGAGCCAAGUAGCACAGUUUUACAAGUCCAAAUACUUCAGUCUUUGAUAGGGAAUGUAUUUGGUAGAAGUCUUAUGAAGAACUCUUUCUUGUGUCAUGAGGCUGAGAGGGCCUGAUUUCAUUUGUGCAUAUUUUGUUUCUUCAAAAUGCUUUCCUUUCUUUCCACAUGGCACCAACACAGUGCAGAGUGCACAGAUCACUAUGACCCGUGCCCAGUUAACGAGGCUGAAGAGAACCAGCCCCAUUUCCAGGGGGUGACAGGCCUGCGGAACCUGGGCAACACAUGCUACAUGAACGCCAUCUUACAGUGUCUCUGCAGCAUCUCACCACUGGUGGAAUACUUUCUCUCGGGAAAGUACAUUAACUCUCUUCAAAAGGACUGCAGUGAGGUUGCCACUGCCUUUGCAUAUGUGAUGACAGACAUGUGGCUUGGAGACUCUGACUGUGUCUCACCAGAAAUAUUUCGGUCAGCUCUUGGCAACCUCUACCCAGUAUUUAUGAAAAAGACACAGCAAGAUGCUCAGGAAUUCUUGAUUUAUGUCCUGAAUGAACUUCAUGAAGCUCUGAAAAAGUACCACCAGAGAAAAUCAUAUGAAAAAAAAUCCAUUCCAAGAUGCUGCAGGAAGAUGAUCGCCAGUGAGUCCUCCAUCAUCACCCGGCUGUUUGAAGGGCAGCUCAGUUAUAGCAUCAUAUGUUUAAAGUGUGAGAACUGCACCUACAAAAACGAAGUUUUCACCGUCAUCUCCCUCCCCAUUCCAUCCGAAUACGAGUGCUCUCUUCAGGACUGUCUCCAGUGUUUUUUUCAACAAGACACAUUGACCUGGAACAACCAGAUUCACUGUUCCUUUUGUGAAACCAAGCAAGAAACAGCUGUGAGGGCCACCAUUUCCAAAGCGCCAAAAACAAUUGUCUUUCACCUAAAAAGGUUUGACAUUCUGGGUACAAUGAAAAGGAAACUGAGGACUGAUAUUCACUACCCGCUCACUAACUUGGACCUUACUCCUUACAUUUGUCCAAUUUUUCGGAAACAUCCUAAAUAUAACCUCUGUGCAGUGGUGAACCAUUUUGGUGAUCUGGAUGGUGGCCACUACACUGCAUUCUGCAAGAACUCAGUGACCCAGGCCUGGUACAGCUUUGAUGACACACGAGUCAGUGAGAUUCCAGAUACUUCAGUCCAAACUGCUGCAGCAUAUCUCCUGUUCUACAGCUGUCAGCCCUUUUCUAUACCUAGACAAAAAUGCAAGAGCUAAG